GAAAUGCGACGUAUGCGGAUAAACAAUCUCUUCAUUGUCACGGCAGCAUUAUUUGUAAUUAUAAUGCUUUAUUUAGUUACACCCCCAAAAGUAUUAUUUGAAAGAUCAAGUCUUCCAAUUUCACCUUUAGAAGAACUAAUUCCUCUUAUGCCUACUUCAAUACCUGAGAAAGUCCAUGUUCACGUCAAGAAUGAAGGGAGGGAAGAUAAAAAGAAUGGAGGGAAGGAGGAUAAGAAGAAGGAGGGGAAGGAGGAUAAGAAGGAUGGAGGGAAGGACCAUGACCAUAAAAAAGAUGUCCAAAUAAAAAAAGUUGUUGAUCCGGUUAAAUUUAAGAAGGAAAAAGAGCCGUUAGCUAAAAUUCAGGAGGAAAUUGCUAAAUCUGAUAAAGAAUUUAAUCCAGAUUUGGAUGAAAUUAAUAAAAAAAUUUGGAAUUCGAUUAAGAAUGAAAUUAGACACUCAAAGGAACGUAUAGACUGUAAAAGAAUAAUUAAGGGAGAAGAGGAUUAUAUAAAACUCGAAGCAAAAUCUAGAUUAACAUAUAAAGAUCCAGAAAAUUUAUUAAUGGAUUGUAAAUCAAUUAAAGAAAGAAAUUAUUUUUUGGAAAAACCUUUAUCUACUGAAGAAGGGAAAUAUCCAUUGGCUUAUGCAAGAAUUGUUUAUGAAAGUUAUAGAUUUUUGGAAGCAGAAUUUGCCACAAAUUAUCAACCCCAAAAUUGGUAUUGUUUUGCUGUUGACUCGCAACUUGAAGAUGAACAUUUUUUUCAAAGAAUAAAGUCAUUGGCUAAGUGCUUCCCAAAUGUUAUUGUUCCAACAAAAAGAUUUCCUGUAGAUAGUGAUGGUAGAUUUCCCAUUUAUGCGAUUUAUUAG